AUGAACUACCGCUACGCCAACCACGACGAGGUCGCAGAGUUGGUGAGGAACGGGAAAGCUGGGAAGGACUAUGCAGUCGUCGAUGUGCGGGACGACGACUACCGAGGCGGCAAUAUUCCCGGCGCAAUCCGUGCACCAAGCGAGAAGCGAACUGAGCAGUCCGUCACCGACCUGGUCCAGCAACUGAAAGGCGUGCCGAAAGUCGUCUUCCACUGCUCGCUCUCGCAAGUUCGCGGUCCAAAAGCUGCGCGCAUCUACGCCGAAGCUCUCGCCGCCUCACAACCUUCUGUCCCCGCGCUCGGUUCGUCUGCGUCACAAUCGUCCGCCUCGACCGCGCAAGGGGCCGCAGAGUCGGCGAGGAACUUCUCUCCGAACCCAUAUCUAUCGACGGGUCAGACAGGCGGGCAGGAGGUGCUCGUGCUGCGAGACGGCUUUUCGAACUGGCAGGGACUGUACAGGAAAGACCCCCUUCUCGUCGAGAACUUCGACAGUCGGAUCUGGCAGGACUAUUCGCCCUAG